CGUGCGUCACGUGCGCACUGACCAUUUGACCAGCUCGCCUCGGUGCGCUUAUUGCGGUAAAUAACAUCUCUGUGUUUUUAUGGUCUAUUCUCUACUGCGUUUCUUUCAUGUCCUGACUGUUUACUCUCUGGUUUAUGACUGGGAAAAGCGUGGCGUUAGAAAGGCGCCCCCAUCAUGCCGCUUUUUCAGCAUCUCCAUCAGUCACAUGAGCGCAGGACCUCGGGUCUGAUUUAAGAAGGGGGAUGAACAGCACUCCGCCUGGAUUACGGUUGCUCAGGCCUCCAACAGUGAUAGGCCAGUUCCACACACUGUUUUUCGGCUCUGUGCGUACGUUUUUCCUUGGGGUCCUUGGAUUCGCUGUCUAUGGCAAUGAGGCUUUGCACUUCAGCUGUAUCCCAUACAGAAGGGAACUAAACCUUUACUGUUACAACCAGUUCAGGCCUAUAACACCUCAGGUGUUUUGGGCAUUGCAGCUUGUCACUGUCUUAGUACCUGGAGCUGUUUUCCAUCUUUAUGCUGCAUGUAAAAACAUAGACCAAGAGCAGAUUCUUCAACGGCCGGUGUCCACAGUCUUCUACAUCAUCUCUGUCCUAUUGAGAAUCAUUUUGGAAGUAUUAGCAUUUUGGCUUCAACGUCAUCUCUUUGGUUUCCUGGUUAAUCCUAUUUACAUGUGCGAUGCCAGUGCCAUAGGGAAGAUAUUCAACAUCACAAAGUGUAUGGUCCCUGAACACUUUGAGAAGACCAUCUUCCUCAGUGCAAUGUAUACUUUCACCAUCAUCACAAUACUCCUCUGCAUCGCUGAAGUUUUUGAGAUCCUAUUUCGAAGACUAGGUUAUUUAAACCAGCCAACGACUUGAGAAUGUUAAAGGGAUCGUUCAGGCAAAAAAUAAAAUCCUGUCAUUAUUUAUUCACCCUCAUGUUGUUCUAAACCUGCAUGAGUUUUUUGAUAAAUGAUGGUAAGCACACACUUGAGGGUACUUAUUGACUUCCAUAGCAUUUGUUUUUCCUACUGUAGAAGUCAACUGUGUGGUUACCAUCAUUUAUCAAAAUAUCUUCUUUGUGUUUAACAUAAUGAACUCAUACAGGUUUUAAACAACAUUAAGAUGAGUAAAUGAAUUUUUUGGGUGAACUAUCCCUUUAAGUCUUUUGAGUGAUGCUUCCCCAGUGUUUUUUAUUGAGUCUCUGAAUGACAAAAAGGACAUAAACACAUACCUCUACAUUUUCUGUUCGGAUCAUUUGCUGUUCCUUUUUGAUAUGUUUUAAACAAAGCUGUCAAAUCAUUUCAAUGGCUAUAUCUGAAUAUUUUAAGUCUAGAGGGUCCACCUCCCUAGCAAUGGAAACCAUAAAGUAUAUUUAGUUUUUAAAGGUGCAGUGUGUAAAUAAUAUAGCGGCAUCUAGUGGUGAGGUUGCGAAUUGCAACCAACGGCUCAGUCCACUGCUCACCCCUCGCUUUUGAAACACAUAGAGAAGCUACGGUAGCCGCCACCGGACAAACAUGUCAUCGUCUGAGACAACUUAGUAAAAAAAGUUUGUACGUUAAGGGCUUUUGUAGAAACAUGGUGGCACAAAAUGGCGACUUCCAUGUAAGGGGACCCUCAGUGUAUGUAGAAAAAAAGGUCUCAUUCUAAGGUAAUAAACACAUAACAGUUCAUUAUGAAAGGUCUUUAUACACCCCUGAUAAU